AUGGCCUCUCCUUCCUUGCCCCCCAGUUGCAGCAGCAGCAACAGUAGCAGCAGCAGCAGCUGCUGCACCGGGCGCUCUGGCGCCUGCUGCAGCGCCAGCGCUUCACGUUUGGCCAUGUCUAAGCCCAGAAGACAGAGGCGGCGGCGCGGGGCAGUGCUGCUGCUGCUGCUGCUGCAGCUGCUGCAGCAGCAGCAGGCUCCCGUGUCGGCUCAUUCACUGCAGCAGAAGACAGGCACUUUGGCCUCCGGCAGAAGCUCAAACUCUUUGCACAAUGUGCCCGCCUCCGCUGCAGCAGCAGCGGCAGCAGCUGCUGCUACUGCUGCAGAGCCGCGGCAGCAGCAAACUGCUGGAUUCCUCCACGCAGGUGCGCUGCGGCAAACGACCAGCAGCAAGCUGCAGCACCCCACAGUGCAGCAGAACGACCCGAAGACAGGAGCAACGCCAGAAACAGCAGCAGCAGCAGCAGCAGCAGCAGCAAGGCGCACGCGUCUGUUCGGGAACUGCUGCUUCACAGGGGGAGAAGCGAAGCAGCUCGGCAGCGCGGGCGUCAGCAGCAGCUCGGGCAGCUGCAGCAACAGCGGGCCGGCGGAGAGCAGCGACGCAGCAGCAGCAGCACCAGCAGCAGCAGCAGCAGCAGCAAACACCCCACAAGUACCCCGUGUGGGGCCCUCCACUGCGGGGCCCCGCCCCGACUGGUUCCACGUGCCUGCGCCGCGGGGCCCCGGCUCUCGCUACGCGCUGCUGAAGCAGCAGCUCAAGGGUCUCAAGCUGCACACCGUAAACCCUAAACCCUAA